CCGGCGUUGGGUCCGCGUCCAUCACCGUCCCGUGAGUGUCACCGUCCGGUCCGGUCCAUCCCGGUGCGGUCCCAUCCCACGCGGUCAUCCUGGGCUCAUCCAAGUCGGAGCCGGGUCUCCCGGCGUGGGGCCUCCCGGCCUUCCGAUGCCGAAGCCCGCCUCGCCGCCAACUCGCAUCCCGACGCUGACCUCUCCGAGGGGCACCGCUGCCCCGAAGCCCACCGCCAGACCAGAGUCACGAUGGACCCCGUGGGCCGCCUUCCCGCCAUCUUCCUCAGCUUCUUCCUCGCGGGGACGUCGUGGGGCAAUGAGACGGCGGAACUGAGUAAUUUCACCACGAAGAGACGGUCCCUACCCACCAACGGGCUCACAGUCUCUCCUCCGUCCGCAGGCCCGCCGGGAGGGCCGGAGCCCGCUUCGCCCAAGCUGCCGUGGCUGGUCAUCCCCCUGUCGCUGGUCCUGCUCCUUCUCCUGGCCACCGCCUACUUCCUCAGGUUUCGGAAGCAGAGGAAAGCGGUGGUGACCUCGGCCGAUAAGAAGAUGCCCAACGGACUCUUAGAGGAGCAAGAGCAGCAGAGAAUCCUCCUCCUCAGCCGCUCUCCUUCAGGCCCCAGGAAGCAUUUCCCGAUCCCGCUGGACCGCCUGGAAGACGAGAUCCGCCUCCGCUCGGCCGACGACUGCAAGUUGUUCCGGGAGGAGUUCAACUCGUUACCAUCGGGCCAUUUGCAAGGAACCUUUGAACUGGCCAAUAAAGAAGAAAACCGAGAGAAAAACAGAUACCCGAACAUCCUUCCCAAUGACCAUUCCCGGGUGAUCCUGGCCUCCCUGGACGGCGUCCCCUGCUCCGACUACAUCAAUGCCUCCUACAUAGACGGCUACAAAGAAAAGAAUAAAUUCAUAGCAGCUCAAGGCCCCAAGCAGGAGACAGUGAACGACUUCUGGAGAAUGAUUUGGGAGCAGAAGUCCGCCACUGUCGUCAUGCUCACCAAUCUGAAAGAGAGGAAAGAGGAAAAAUGCUUCCAGUAUUGGCCGGAUCAGGGCUGCUGGCUGUAUGGAAACAUCCGCGUUUCCGUGGAAGACUGCGUGGUCCUGGUGGACUACACCAUCCGGAAAUUCUGCGUCCAGUCGCAGCCGGCCGAGUCCAGCAAAGCGCCCAGGCUGGUGACGCAGCUGCACUUCACCAGCUGGCCGGAUUUCGGGGUGCCCUUCACGCCCAUCGGCAUGCUCAAGUUCCUCAAAAAGGUCAAGACCCUCAACCCCGCGCAGGCCGGCCCCAUCGUCGUUCACUGCAGUGCCGGCGUGGGUCGCACGGGGACUUUCAUCGUCAUCGACUCCGUCAUCGCCAUGAUGCAGGCCGAGCGCGGGAUCGACGUCUUCGACUUCGUGGCCCGAAUCCGCCGUCAGCGUCCGCAGAUGGUGCAGACCGAGAUGCAGUACUCAUUCAUCUACCAGGCUUUGCUGGAAUACCAUCUCUACGGCGACACUGAACUGGACGUAGCCUCCCUGGAGAAACACCUGCAGAGCCUGCAGAAUACGACCAACCGCUUGGACAAGAUCGGGCUGGAACAGGAAUUUAAGAAAUUGACCAACGUCCGCAUCAUGAAGGAGAACAUGAGGACGGGGAACUUACCGGCGAACAUGAAGAAAGCCCGUGUCAUCCAGAUCAUCCCGUAUGACUUCAACCGAGUCAUUCUGUCCAUGAAAAGAGGGCAGGAAUACACAGACUACAUCAAUGCCUCCUUCAUCGACGGAUACCGGCAGAAGGACUAUUUCAUCGCCACCCAGGGCCCGCUGAGCCACACCGUGGGCGACUUCUGGCAGAUGCUGUGGGAGUGUCGUUGUCACACCAUCGUCAUGCUCACUGAGGUCCAAGAGAGGGAACAGGAAAAAUGCUUUCAAUAUUGGCCGUCGGAAGGCUCCGUGACGUACGGGGAGGUCGCUAUCGAACUGAAGAACGACGUCUGUUCCGAUUCCAUCAGUAUCAGAGAUUUAUUGAUCACGUCCACUCAGGACAGGCAGAGCCGCCUCGUGAAGCAGUUCCACUUCCACGGCUGGCCCGAAGUGGGGAUCCCCGCCGAAGGGAAGGGGAUGAUCGACCUGAUCGCCGCCGUCCAGAAGCAGCAGCAGCACACGGGCAACCAUCCCAUCGCCGUGCACUGCAGUGCCGGAGCUGGGCGGACGGGGACCUUCAUCGCUCUCAGUAACAUUUUGGAGCGAGUCAAAGCGGAGGGACUCCUGGACGUAUUUCAAGCCGUGAAGAGUUUACGACUUCAAAGGCCACACAUGGUGCAAACCCUGGAACAGUACGAAUUCUGCUACAAAGUGGUACAAGACUUCAUCGAUAUAUUUUCUGAUUAUGCUAACUUCAAAUGAAGAUUCCUUGCCUUAAAAGUAUUUUUAAUGUCAUGGUCAGGACAAAUGUUUGUAAAUCCUGUUAAUUUAUUUCACGUUGGACAUUAACAUCUUUCCUACUUCCUAAUUUAACUUAUUCCCUUUUCUUUCACGCUUUAGAAGCCGCCUACCCUCGGUCAAAAAUGAUUCGGACUGGGAUCCAAAUCAGUAAUGGUCUCUCCAGAUUUUUUGCAGAAUGCGAUCGCUGCGGCCGUACCAUAGGUGUGGCGCGCAUCCGACUGCCGAUAUCCUCCAACGGUUUAGUCUGUCGAUAAACGAAAAGCGGUUGGACCCUCACCAACCGGGAACCUUGAAAGUUGGCAUUCAGAAUGCGGGCAAGACUUACUAAUAAUAAUGGCAUUUAUUAAGCGCUUACUAUGUGCAAAGCACUGUGCUAGUGUAGGAUUGGUGAGAAGAUUGUAGGAUUAAGCUCACGUCGAUGAGCCGACGCUAGAUCCUCAGCUGCUUUGACGCUAAUUUCAAGAGCAGUGCUUUCCGUGAUCCUGAUAGCGCUAUAAUAAUAAUUAAUAAUAAUCACGGCAUUUGUAAAAGUGCUCGCAACGGGCCUAGCCUUGGGGUCAUCGAUCAUCGGAUCCCACGUGGUGCUCCCAGUUUAAUGGGGAGAGAGGACAGGCUUUGAAUCCCCGUUUUUGCCGACGAGGGAACCGAGGCACAGGGAAAUGAAGCGACUGACCCGUGGUCAUCCGGCAGUAAAGGGAAGAGCCGGGAUUAGAACUCAGGUCCUCUGACUCCCAAGCCCGGACUGUUCUCACUGAGCCACGCUGCUUCUCAAGAGGAAUACAAAACAAAGAAGCAGGAUAUGUUACCUGCCCUCGAAAAGCUUACAUUCCAUAGAAGGAAACCAACGUUAAAUUCUGCUUUAAUGUGUAUGUGAACUAAACUUAGGCCAUCUUCUCUUCCUGUAUGUUUAAAAAAACUUGUAGGGUUUUUAAGAGUUUGUGAUCUAACCCUAAUUUUGGAUCUACAGAUAUUUUCAGAAUGUGCGUAUCGAAGAGUAAGUUUCAGUUCGGCUGCAAACCGUUCUUCCUGGCCGAAAUCUUUCCGCUAGAAGAAAAAAAGAUCAUUCCAGGUUUUUGUUUUUUUAAGUACUAGGAAUGUCAUAAAUAUUCUGUGGAAACAAAGACACUGCUUCUAUGGAAGUAAGAUGUUGAAGUACAAACAACUGUUCUUAAAUAUUCUGAAAGACAUUUUAGUACCUAAAACCCUAAUUUGUCAAAGCAUAGGUGGUUUAUAAGAAUAACUUUGUAGAAUAUAUAUUUUUCAAAGCGUCCCUCAACUGUCAAGAAAGAACAAAUCCUUGAUCCAAAGGUCAACGUAUUUUUGGAUGAAAAUAUUUCUGAAAUGUUAUAUCCUGGAAAAUACGCAUCCUACCCGGAACAGGACUUCCAUAAAGGACCGAAAGCAGAAAAUGCACACAUCUAAAUGUUUAAUAUCCUCGAUAACAUAUCUCCAUAUGGUCAAUAAUAGAUGAACAAGCAGUAAAUGAGCACAAGGAAUUUGGAUAUCGGUUGACUGGAUUUCCUAAAAAUAUUUCAUGUACGCGAUGGGUUUUUGAAAAAAUUAGUUCUUUAAAAAUAAAUAAGAGCAAACCUGGAAAGGAAAAAAAAAAGCCCCUCCUAAAUGGCUAGGAGAUCGCUAGAGUUGAGUAGAGUUUUGAUGAGAAGAGUGUAAUUAAAGGUGUCAUGGGGCCUUCAUGGACAAACCUUCCGAGCUUAGACCGAAAGCAAACUCUGUGAGCUGCCCCUGGGAGGAAUGGGGGAGUCUUUCUUUUUUAUAGUCUUUUUUAAAGCGCUUACUACAUGCUAAGCGCUACGCUAAGCUCUGGAGUAGGUACGACCUAAUCAGGUUGAA